UUUGUUUUUAUUAGUUAUGGACGAAAAGGAAAACACGAUAUCAAGUCCAGACGAAAAAGCAACGUCUUCCUCUCUGACACCUUUACCUGAGGCUAAAACUAUAUCUGGUACUAAUACCAUCAACUUACCUCAACUUGCCUAUCUUCGUUUAAAACCCGCUAAGAGUACAGAUUCUCUUACACACCAUCCAUUGUUAAACCAUGACGAUGAAGAAAGUGAUGUGAUUUCAGCCUGGUCCAGUCAGCGAAGCAGACGAUCGUCUUCGACUUCUUCAUCCUCGUCUUUGCAGCCUAGAGUUUCUAUACAUCCCGUUCCAGGCGGCUCAGUAGGCGGAUUGUUACUUACGAAACUUCGUGAAAUGAAUGCGGGCUUCGAUGAUAUUGUACAUAUGUUGAUUGCAAAAAAGGAGGCGACACUUUUACUUCCUGCGUCUCAAGUUACGCCUUUCGAGAAUGUUGACCGAAUUUACCUAGAAGCUCAUGUUGUUAUUUCUCAAUCAACUGAAGGUGGGGCCAAAGUGAUAACUUUAAAUGGGCUAAAAGGUUUUAUACAACAGGAUGUUUUCAAAGCCGUUGGUUUAAUAUCUACAGAACCAGUUGAUAUUAAGAAUUCCAAGAGUCACAAAUCUAUAUUUGAAGCUUUUUCUAAGCCCGAUCUCUCUUAUGAUUAUCCCUCAAUUAAAAUUUUACGUGAUAAUAAUGACAUCCUUUUACAUGGUAUGCCCAUUCAAACCAUAGUAAUAGAAUCACCUAUCAGAACAAAAGAAAUUGCAGAGCGCAUUUCGACGCGUACGGAAAUGGAGAAAAAGGUUGAAGGAUCUUUACCGGAGUCAUUACUUGAUGACUUUAUUAGAGAUUUUAUAAAGAAUCUUCCAAAAAACGAAGAUUCUUCAAUUGAUCAAAUCCAAGGAUUAUUUGAUCGUGUGCGUAAUGAAAUUGAAUAUCAAAUUGAAUCUAACGGAGAACUCACCGAAGUCAAUGACAAUGAUAUAAAUGAAACAAUGAAUAUUGUUGAAAAAUAUGUUUGCACGGCACUUUAUGAUAAUGUAUUCAGUCCAAAAUGGUCAAACGAUAGUGCUGCCGAUGAGGCACUUUGUUCAAAGAUAGCUUCUUUAAAUCUUUUAGAAUUAGGGCUAUCAAAUCUCGGGUUGGAUAUUAAACCUCAGCAACAAGAACGUAUCGACUUUGCAGUGCAAGCAGCAGGUGCGGAAUUACAAAAUUUAGAACAAAAAAAGUCACCCCAUGAGAAGCUCGAUAGUCUCGUCCGAUGUCACAGAAUUGUAGUUGAGGCACUUAAAAAGAAAUUGCAAAAGUCCCUUCCAAAUUCUGAUCGUACAAACGAUGCAACAGAAGAAAAUUCAUAUGUAACGUCUCCCGUUGACGUCUCACCCGCAUCAAUACCCCUACCUCCUUCGCCUACUUCACCUAAAUCACCUAAUAUUCCUACCACAUCGAUUUCACCAAAAUUACCUAUGUCACCAACUUUCCCUAAUUCACCAACAGAUGAAAAAAAUAGUUUUAGCGAUCCUAAUGCAGAUGCGAUAUUCCCACUAUUAAUUUUCAUAGUGGUCAAAUCAAAUCCAAAAAAAUUGGUUUCAAACUUGAGGUUUAUGACGAGAUAUCGAGUACGAACUUUGUUGUGUGGAGAAUCAUCUUAUUGUCUUACUAAUUUUAUGGCGGUGGUACAAUUUAUAGAAAGCGUAGAAUAUUUAGCAUUAGGACUAUCAGAUAAAGUUUCAGGUGAAUCCGUAAAUGCAAAUCCUAGUUUAGAGCAAAGAACCCGCAAAGUGGGGCAAGAUAUUGUUGUUGCUGCCGAUAAUAGUAUAAAAGCUAUUACAGGAGUCAUGGAUAGUUCCGUUAAAAUGUUUGGAAGACUAAUCGGUUACAGCGAAAAUACAUAUAUUGGAACAAAUUCAUUAGAUAAGGAAAAUUCAACUUUACUAAACAUCAACGCGGAUCUGCCAGAACGAAACUUUACAAAGGACAACAAUGUGAAUGAUAUUAAAAUGAAUCCUGGUUUACUGGAAGUAGGAGCGAAAGAACUAGCAGAAAUAAAUACAACAAAUAAUAACUUCACACACACUGAAGAAACCUCGUCUUCGAAUGUUAAUGAGGAAACAAAAUCAUUUACAGAUCGAUUAAUUCCUUUUAAUGUAUUGCCGCGCUUUAGCAAUGAUCGUAAUCAUAUAGUUGAGGAGAAUAAGGAACAAAAGAUUGAUAUAUCUGUAAAUAAGAUAUCUCCUCCUGUUCAAAAAUUCUUGGAUUGUCCAAUUGAUGAAUUUCGUGUUAAUGAUGUACCAGAACUUUUAGCGGAGUAUAAAAGAUUGGCAAAUGCAAUUCGCGAACUUGGGCUUUUCUCCUCUUAGAACUGUUCUUAUCUUUUCUUUCUUACUUUAUUUUCGUUUAUUUAUUACAUAUAAAUUAAAUACUUUCAAGUUAUAAUACUGUAAUAUUAUUAUUCUUAUGAAUCAAAAAAAAAAUAAAUAAA